AUAAGAAGAACGAAGAAUCUAUAGACGACGACGAGAAGGAGAGAAAUAAUUAUGGGAGCUGUGGGAAAAUCACCUGGGUACGAAAAGGACCACCAGAAGGGCUUUAAUGACCAACAGCGACGCCGUCACGAAAAGUCGAAAUGGAGCAAAUGGGACAAAGUCGUCGCCGCGACCGUUUUAGUGACCCAUUUGCUGGCCUUUUGCGGUCUGUUCUGCUUCAGCUGGAAAGGGUUUGGUGUUUUUCUUUUGAUAGGCAUCGUCACCAGCCUCUUCGGUGUCAAUCUCAGUUACCACAGGCAUCUCACCCACAAGAGCUUCAACCUCCCCAAGUGGCUCGAGUAUUCGUUUGCUUAUUGCGGCGUUCAUGCACUUCAGGGGGAUCCAUUGUCAUGGGUUAGCAACCACAGGUUUCAUCAUCAGUUUGCUGACACCGAAAGAGAUAUACACAGCCCGAUCGUGGGGUUUUGGCAUAGUCAUAUGGGUUGGAUGUUCGAUUUGUCAUCUAUCAAAGAAAAGUGUGGGAAGCGAAACAAUGUUGCUGAUCUGGAAAAGCAAGUCUUCUACAGGUGGAUUCGGAAGACCUACAUUAUACAUCCUCUCAGUCUUGCUACUCUCUUAUAUUCACUUGGCGGAUUCCCCUACAUAUGUUGGGGAAUGGGUGCAAGGGUGGUGUGUGUCUAUCAUGCCACAUUGUUAGUUAACUCAGCUGCACAUACAUGGGGAACUCGAGUUUGGAACACUGGCGACCUAUCGAGGAACAACUGGUGGGUUGCAAUUAUGACAUUCGGAGAAGGUUGGCAUAACAAUCACCAUGCAUUCAAUAGCUCCGCAAGGCACGGGCUGGAAUGGUGGCAGAUCGACAUGACAUGGUACGUGGUGAAGUUCCUUGAAGCUGUCGGGUUGGCCUCUGAUGUGAAGCUACCAACUCAAAUCCAAAGACAGAAGAUGGCUAUCAAAAGUUUAUCAGUAAAUUAAAUCUUUCCCGAUUUGUUGACGACAGACAGCCUCUGUUGAUGUCUGGAAUUGUAGUUAACGCUUCUGCCCGUAGAUUAGGUAACACAUAUUGUAUUAGUGAAUCAGGUAAAUCUGUAUGCUCUUUACUUUCUUAUGCUGUUGAAUUCCCAUUUCGUUGCAACAUCAGAUUAAUUACAUGCAUGUCAUCCGGGCCUUAAAAUAGCAUGUAGUGUAUUGAGGUUUUUAUACAUUGGUCUUCAAUUAAUAUCGAUGUUGAUGCAA